AUGGCAACCUAUUUAUCACAAUUGAAAGUCUCAGCAAGAUUAUUUAAUCUACAGCCGGUGCUUUUACGGGGAGAAGCCGAAGCGUUGUUUAGUCGUCGUUUUGAACUAAAAAAGCAAGCUAAGGAAGCUCGUCAUCGAGGAGAUCGUGAGCUCGCAUUCCAACUAAAAAGAGAAGCAUCUGAAUGUCAUGCGAAGGCAGAGAGUCUAAGACGAAGAGCUGCGGUGCUAUCGUUUAUACACAAUAAUAAAAACAAUCCAGAGGGGAUACUUGAUUUACAUCAUUUGUCAAUUCAAGAAUCAGAAACGGUUCUAAUAGAUAUGCUUCAAUAUGGAAUCUAUAAUAGAAAACCUCUUUGGAAGAUUGUUUGUGGAAGAGGGAAAUCGAGAAGUCAUGUGCCACCGAGACUUAGACCGACUAUUGAGACGUUUUGUGAACGUCAUGGAUUGAAUUUGAUUAAACACCCUUGGAAUCCUGGUUGUUUAACAGUAGAUGUAAGUACUCAUAGAGCGUAUUAG